AAGUCACGGAACAUGAAAUUAAAAAUAUUAUUGAUAUAGUUGGAAAAAAAUCUUGUGAACUUGAUCCAGAUCCCGCAAAAAUCUUUCAAAGUUGUCAGAAGACUCUCUUACCUAUAAUUACUAAGAUCAGUAAUGAGUCACUUCAGUCAGGUUGUAUGCCUGGAAAACUAAAAGAAGCCGUGUUGAAACCAAAACUAAAGAAAGAUUCCUUGGAAUACGAAGAAUACACAAAUUUUAGACCUAUUUCAAAUUUAAAACUCCUGUCUAAAGUAAUUGAGAAGGAACAUUUGGCUAAUAACAACCUAGAAGAACCUUUCCAGUCGGCAUAUAAACGUUUUCAUAGCGUGGAAACAGCCCUAUUAAAAGUGCAAAACGAUAUUCUUGUGGCUAUUGAUAAUCAUAAGUGUGUUGUGUUGUUACUACUAGAUAUGUCAGCAGCAUUCGAUACUGUUGAUCACGAAAUUUUAUUACAAAGAAUGUUCAAACGAUUUGGGAUAGAUGGGCAA